AUGGCAUCAGGUCAAGAUCCACCAAAUGACAACAUCUCAUGGCGUAUCUUUGUUGGUACAGUUAUCAGCAUUGUCCCCGCUACCAUUUGCGUAAUCUUGCGGUUUAUUGCCCGCAAUGUCGCUCGUGCUGGCCUGUGGUGGGAUGAUUAUACCAUUGCAGUAUCUCUGAGCUUCAUGGCUGUCCAGCUUCUAUACUUCACCAAUGCCGUCAUUACCAAGACAUCGCUGUUGUUUCUCUUCUAUCGCAUUUUCGGUAUUAUCAGAGGCUUUCGCUGGGUCCUCUGGGCCACUGGUUUUGUGGUAGUUGCCUACUUUAUCACAUGUUCAGUUACUUCGAUUGUGGGGUGUUCGCCAGUAUCCAAAGCGUGGAAUCCAAGCCAGCCAGGUCACUGCAUCAACGUAGUGGCAUUCUUCCGCUGGAAUGGGGUUGGCAACAUGUUCCUCGAUUUCCUGGUGCUAAGUCUCCCGUUUCCGAUGGCCUGGCGGCUGAAUACAACGACCCGACAAAAGUGUAUUCUAUCCGCAAUCUUCCUACUUGGUGGCUUUGUCUGUAUCGUCUCAAUUCUUCGCAUUAUCAGUUUCGAGUCAGCAGUCGUUAGUGAUCCUACCUAUACGAGUAUCAGCCCGGCAACUUGGUCCUCGGUUGAGCAAUCCAUGGGGAUAAUAUGUGCCUGUCUCCCAACGCUUCGACCUCUCUUCCGGCGAUUCUAUGGCUCAUCAAGAGCAGCCUCAAGUAUAGGCAAUAGCUCUGCUUUUGAUUCCCAUGCCCGGUCCUCGCUAUCUAGCCGACUGUCGCGCUGUGAUGGAGAAACUAGCAGUUCUGGAUUUCCUUCGCCUCAACAACACAGGCGUCGUGCUUCCUCGCACGAGCUAGACGAGCUACCGAGUAUUUAUCGCAGUCCAACAUUUGAUGAAACUCAUGAGCGACCCGAUUCGCAAAUUUCGCAGACGAAUGGGAUGAACAGAGCGGUUUCUGAAGCCGGCUCAUUCGGUUAG